CACAUUGGGCAUCACCAAGGAGAAAGAACUAGGCAGAAGCUAGCAGCAGCACAACCGCUUCGUGUCACAGAGGAGCAGACACCCGCACCGCUUACAAUGGGUCUCUGCGUAUCGUACGACGCAGCAGCCGACGGCGCAGCGACCGCGAGGGUAGUGCUGCCCAGCGGCGAGCUGCGGGAGUACUCUCAUCCGGCCACGGCAGCUAUGGCGCUGGAGGAGCUCAGCCACGGAAAGCAGGGGUGGUUCCUCUGCGACGCCGACGCGAUGGGCUUCGAGGGCUCCGUCGCGGCGGUGGCCGGCGACGCGGAGCUCCGGCCGGGGCAAAUAUACUUCGUGCUCCCGGCCGAGAUGCUGCGCCGUAGAGUCACCCUCGAAGAGGUGUCUGCGCUGGCCGUCAAGGCCAGCGCGGCGCUCGUCAAAGCCUCUUCUGCCGGCGGCCGGCGCCGGCGAGGCUCCGUUGCACCGCUCAUGUUCGAGCCAUCCGAGGAGGAUUACUCCGACGAUGCGGUGAUGACUCAUAUCACGGCGAAGCCGGUGGUGGCCCGGAAGCGGGUGGUCGCGUACCGUGCCGGGAGAUCGCCGCCGAGGUUCUCUCCCGACUUGUCCGCCAUCCCGGAGAGCGAUUAGAGGAGCCGCGCCAGCAUAACGAUAGAGCACAAAAAAGCAAAUCGAGCACCAUCUGGAUCGGGCGGCGGACGGAGGCGAGAAAGAAAGUGGAAAUGCUUGAACGCGAAAAUAGUGGCGUUUUUUGUGUGCUGAUAAUGUAGGCUUCAGAAAAACAAGUAGGGAAAUGUACAUACAUGGCAGUGUAAAUAUUCUGGAAAAUAAAAUGUCAGUGUAAAUAUGAAUGGCAUGUAGACUUGUACAGUGCUGGCCUGAAAUGGACCGCUUGUAAAUAUGAAUGACA